CAGAGGGGCCGGGCCGGACCGAGGGGCGCUUUUGCGCGCGGAGCGACUGAGGGAACAGGAUCUGGUCCCUGAAGAGGCCAGCGUGAGAGGCAGUGUUUUUGGUUGAGCGUGGAAAAGGAGUUGCCUUCUCUGAGAGCCUGCCUGGAGACAGGUGUAAGGCUCCAAGCUUGGUCAUCCAGGAAGCUGGACAAUGGCAGCCGAAGAGCCAGCAGUGACCACUCCCCCUAGCCCUUUGGUUCAGGUACCUCAAGAAGAGGAAGAAGAGCAGGCAGGGGUCACCACCAUGAUUCUGGAGGAUGAUUCCUGGGUGCAGGAAGCCGUGCUGCAGGAGGAUGGCCCUGAGUCUGAGCCCUUUCCCCAGAGUGCUGGAAAAGGCAGCCCUCCGGAGGAGGGUGCAUCCGGAGGACCUCAGGGUGCGCUUGUCCGAUUUCGGGAGCUCUGUCGGCGCUGGCUGAGGCCAGAGGUACACACUAAGGAGCAGAUGCUAACCGUGCUGCCAAGGGAAAUUCAGGCCUGGCUGCAGGAGCAUCGGCCUGAGAGCAGCGAGGAGGCUGUGGCCCUGGUGGAAGACUUGACCCAGACUUUUCGGAACAGGGACUUUGAGAUACAGAGUGAGAACGGAGAAAACUCAAGUCAAGUCAUGUUUGAGGAUGUGGAAUCACAGGGGAUGUUCUUGAAAAGAGGGGAAGGUGGUCAGCAAUCCGAUGGGGAGAGCGACCUUGAGAGGGACUAUGGUUCUGGGGGCGCCCUGGGAAAGGCCCCCAGUGAGGACCACAGGGACGUACCUUCCCGAGGAAGGGAAGUUGGCCAGCUCAUAGGCCUCCAGGGCACCUACCUGGGUGAGAAGCCUUAUGAAUGCCCUCAGUGUGGGAAAACUUUCAGCCGGAAAUCCCACCUCAUCACCCACGAGCGGACCCACACAGGGGAGAAAUACUAUAAGUGUGAAGAAUGUGGGAAGAGCUUCAGCGACGGUUCAAACUUCAGCAGGCACCAAACGACACACACGGGAGAGAAGCCUUACAAAUGCAGGGACUGCGGGAAGAGCUUUAGCCGGAGUGCAAACCUGAUCACCCACCAGAGGAUCCACACGGGCGAGAAGCCUUUCCAGUGUGCCGAGUGUGGCAAGAGCUUCAGCCGGAGCCCCAACCUCAUCGCACACCAGCGCACGCACACGGGCGAAAAGCCGUACUCGUGCCCCGAAUGUGGGAAGAGCUUUGGCAACCGGUCCAGCCUUAAUACUCACCAGGGAAUCCACACCGGAGAGAAACCCUAUGCGUGUAAGGAAUGCGGUGAAAGCUUCAGUUAUAACUCCAACCUGAUCCGACACCAGAGAAUCCACACCGGAGAGAAACCGUACAAAUGCACUGACUGCGGACAGAGGUUCAGCCAGAGCUCCGCACUCAUCACCCACCGGAGAACGCACACGGGAGAAAAACCCUAUCGGUGCAGCGAGUGCGGCAAAAGCUUCAGCCGCAGCUCCAACCUGGCCACGCACCGCCGAACGCACUUGGUGGAGAAGCCCUACAAGUGCGGGGUAUGUGCGAAGAGCUUCAGCCAGAGCUCCAGCCUGAUCGCGCACCAGGGCGUGCACACGGGCGAGAAGCCCUACGAGUGCCUUACCUGCGGGGAGAGCUUCAGCUGGAGUUCCAACCUCAUCAAGCACCAGCGCAUCCACACCGGGGAGAAGCCCUACAAAUGCGGCGACUGCGGGAAGGGCUUCAGCCAGCGCUCGCAGCUGGUGGUGCACCAGAGGACGCACACGGGUGAGAAGCCCUAUACGUGCCCCAUGUGCGGCAAGCGCUUCAGCCGGGGCUCCAUUCUGGUGAUGCACCAAAGAGCCCACUUGGGAGAUAAGCCGUACAGGUGUCCUGAGUGCGGGAAAGGCUUCAGCUGGAAUUCCGUGCUCAUCAUACACCAGCGAAUUCACACGGGAGAGAAGCCCUACAAAUGCCCCGACUGUGGCAAGGGCUUCAGCAAUAGCUCCAACUUCAUUACACACCAGAGGACUCACCUGAAAGAGAAGAUUUACUGAAGUGCAGGAAAGUGGAGGGAGAUGCUGGAGCUGACUCUGAGCUUUCCCCAGUGCCCCCAAUGUUGUCCCUCUAAAAAGCCGUUUUUCCUAAAUGCCCGGUAGGAGUUCUUGUCAGAGCCUUACCGUUUGUCCUCAUUUCUAGGUAUUUGUUAUUUUAGAGUCUUGUGCAGUUCCAGAAUGGAGUGUAGGAGCGGAAGGUUGUAGGUGGGGUCUUUAUAUUAUAUUUCAUGAUUUGA